UAGAAAAUGGCUGACUCGCAGUGCGGGGACAAUUUCCUUCUGCUCAGAGCACAACUUUAAAGAACCCUUGGUUGAAAUCAUGAGUUGUUACAUUUAGCAAAGAGGAAUAAUGUUUAAGAAAGCGAAACGAGCUAACUUCCGACGGAGGAAUGAAUCCGACGAGGAAGAACCGGAGGAGGGUCGGUCAGUGCCGCCGAUAUCCAGCGGGCCUGCCGUGGAGGAAAUCCCGUUUAUGGAGACUACCAUCAGCGUUACAGCAGCACCUAUUAGCAGCGAUAACUUUCACAGCAACGGGUUUCCGGCCAACGUGAACACGUUUAGGGCUAUCAAGAAAGAGAAGAAGGUUAAAGAUACGCCUAUCAUUGCAGCUACGGUGCCUGGACCCACGAAAGCCAGUUUGCUGAGUUUCGACGAUGAUGAAGAUGAAUCCGAGGUGUUCAGAGUGAAGAAGCCCACUCACAGUAAGAAGAUUGUCAAACAGCUGAAGAAAGAAUAUAAGGAGGAUUUGGAGAAGUCUGGAGUCAAACAGGAACACAAAUCAGAUGCUCCAUUUCAGCCUGCGGUUUCAAUCAAAGAGGAAGUUACCAGCAGAGCCGGCAGUGAACAGGGGGAGGAAGAGAUGGAGGUGGACAGUACUGAUGAGCAGCAGGAAGAGGCAAAGAGUCACGUUGGCCAGGCACAAAGUCAAGUGUCCAGGAGCAACAUCACUACAUCAUCAUUCAACACACUUUCAUCUCUGAGCAGCCUGAAACCAGGGGAGAUCCCCGACGCGGCAUUUAUCCACGCUGCCAGAAAGCGCCGGCAACAGGCCAGAGAACAGGGGGGGGAACCGCCUCUGGUAGAGACGGAGAAUCCCAAAAAGCGCAUGGCACAAGAAGACCAAGACGCCAGCGACGACGAGGACGAGGAUGAGAAGAGGAUUCGCUUCAGCGGAGUCAAGAACAAAACCCAGAGACAAAAGAUCGCUGAAGAAAUAGGUAUUGAGGGUAGCGAUGACGAGGCGCUGGAUACAGGUCAGGAUGAGGAGUCGAGCCGCUGGGAGCAGGAGCAGAUUAGGAAAGGAAUCAGCAUACCCCAGGUCCAAAGCAGCCAGCCAGAUGACAACACGGUCUACUACCAGAACAGCUACGAGACCCAGCCCUAUGGCUCCUCCUACAGCAUGCCCUUUACCUACAGCACUGUGGUCCAGCAGCCCAAGCCCACCGGCCGAGCAGACAACGGCUCUGUUCACUACGGGACCCCUAUUAGCGAUCUAACCCCGAUAUCCAUUGAUCUGGUAAAGAAACGCCUGCAGGAUAGGCUCAGCCAAAUGCGUGUGGGCCACGAUGCAAACGCCAGGCGCAACAAGCAGAUCGAAGAAGACUUGGCUGCCUCUGAGAGCGCCAUAGAGCAGCUGGAGGGCUCAUCCAAUAACAAUUCAAAUCAAUAUAAAUUCUUGCAAGAGAUGCGAGGGUAUGUUGGAGACUUGCUUGAGUGUUUCAGUGAAAAGGUGCCUGCUGUUCUGGAGUUGGAGGCUGCCAUGCACCAGUUACUAAGGCAACGGGCCUCACGACUUGUCCAGAGAAGACAGGAUGAUAUUAAAGAUGAAUCGUCGGAGUUUGCAAGCCUUUCAAAUAAAGCUGUCAUGGCUCCUAAUCUGGACUCAUUCGGUCGAGACCGCGCAGUAUACCAAGAGAACAGCCGUCAGAGGAGGAUAGCCGAAAGAGAAGCACGACGAACUCGGCGGCGACAAGCUAGAGAGCAGAAUGGAAAAAGGGCCGAGCAUAAAGAAGGCUUAUCAUCUGAUGACGAGGAGACAUCCACUGACAUAACCAGCGUCAACAUGGAGAGAGAUCGGAUCAUCAGGGAAUGUAAGAAAGCAUUUGAGGAUGUCGUGGAGGACUUCCAUUCACUCGACUGCAUCAAAUCCCAUUUUGAAGUGUGGAGGAGAGAAUAUGCCGACUGCUACAGAGACGCUUACAUCGGACUCUGCCUGCCCAAACUCUUCAACCCUUUAGUCCGCCUGCAGCUCAUGACGUGGAACCCUCUCGAGGCUCAGUGUGCAAAUUUUGAGUACAUGCUGUGGUUUGAGUCGCUGCUGUUCUACGGCUUCGAGGAGAACAGCGUGCUGCAGAGAGGAGACGGGGACAUCAGCCUGCUGCCUUCUAUUGUGGAGAAGGUCAUCCUCUCCAAACUGACAGUGUUGGCAGAGCAAGUAUGGGACCCGCUGUCCAACAGUCAGACAGCCCGGCUGGUGGGCUUCAUUCGGAGACUAAUGAAAAGUUACCCCACUGUGCUGCAUGGAGAAAACCGAUACACACAGGAGCUUCUGAAAAUGAUUGUCUUCAGGAUCAGGCGGACUCUGGAUGAAGAUGUCUUCCUUCCACUCUACCCCAAAAAUGUCUUGGAGAAUAAGAAUGGUGGUCCUUACUUAUUCUACCAGAGGCAGUUCUGGUCCUGUGUGAAGCUGCUGGGCAACAUCCUGCAGUGGGAAGGCAUCCUGUCAGGUUCCUGUCUGAGGGACCUGGCAUUGGACAGCACUCUGAACAGAUACAUCCUCUCCGCUCUGCAGACCACAGAUACAGGGGAGGACAAUGUUCCCAAGUGCCAGAAGGUGGUGGAGUGUUUGCCCGUGCAGUGGUUCUCUGGACUGAAGGGCCAGAAGACGUUGCCUCAGUUGGAGCCGUUUUGUCGCUACCUCACCCAUCUGGCCAGCUCGUUUCACCGCGGCAGUUUGGGCGGGUCUGAUUUGGAACGGCGCUCUGCCAAGGACCUGAUCAAAGAGGUUGUGAAGAUGUUGGGCCAGAUGAAUGCUCUGGACCACAUCAUCACCGUGGCAGCUGAGCAUGGCAUUAAAGACAUCAAGCCACUUUUGGAAGCAAAGUCGUAGAGGAGGACCCGGCAAAAUCAACUUUUCUUGAUCUUGAGGUGGACGAACACAUUUGAACACUUGGACGACAAAAGUUGGAUUCUUUGAAAAAUUAAAGGAAUUUGAUGUAAAACUUGACAGGUGCUACCUUGCCUUAAAAACAGAAGGUACAAAUAUUUGGUGUAAAUAUUGUGAAUAAUGUAUAGAAAUGUUUGCUCGUAUGCUCAACAUAUGACUGAUGCUAAAAUUAGGCUGUUUAUGGUCAGCGAAACAACACAGCUUGGUUAUACUGGUGACAAUAUUUUAAAUGCAUUAUUUAUUCGGAGUAAACAAUUGUUGACACAAAUUGCUGGCAUUUGUUCGUCUAAAUUGACACCAUAUUCUCCUCGGCUAGCUGUAGAAACUGCCCCUUUAUUUCCCUUACAUACUAGUUUUCCAUGUGCGACAUAAUAACUUUCUAAUUGGCCAUAAGGAAAUCCCAAAACUAAUUAAGAUGGACAAUCAGCUUUCCUUCCAGUACUCUGAAGGACAGUAGGUUUGGUUGUUUUUGGACCUCCACUUCACCCUACAGGUCCCCUGUGUCACCUACAUACUGCCCCAAUGACCCCCCCACAGCUGAGAAGUUUGUAUUCAGAUUUGUAAGAAUUUUGUUUUAGCAUUUUAUUUGCCUGUGAAUAAACUACCCAUUUAAAUGA